ACACAUUUUGUCGCAGCUGCCCAGACUCUGACAAACCUUGUGGGCGCCGGGUUUUUGGAACUGCAGCCUUUUCAAAUAUUAGCACUGCCUCCCGCGCCUGCCCGGCCCCUCCUGGCCACGGAGGUCCUGCCCUUGCCCCAGCUGAGAGCUAUCCGAGGGCUCAGUGGAGCCCGGGGCCUGUGGCCCUCGCUGAGCAGCUAUGGCUGCGGCUAUAGCCAGCUCCUUGAUCCGGCAGAAGCGACAGGCGAGGGAGUCCAACAGCGACCGGGUGUCAGCCUCCAAGCGCCGUUCCAGCCCCAGCAAAGACGGGCGCUCCUUGUGCGAGAGGCACGUCCUCGGGGUAUUCAGCAAAGUGCGCUUCUGCAGCGGCCGCAAGAGGCCAGUGAGGCGGAGACCAGAACCCCAGCUGAAAGGAAUUGUGACAAGGUUAUUCAGCCAGCAGGGAUAUUUCCUGCAGAUGCACCCAGAUGGUACCAUUGAUGGGACCAAGGACGAAAACAGCGACUACACCCUCUUCAAUCUAAUUCCCGUGGGCCUGCGUGUGGUGGCCAUCCAAGGGGUGAAGGCCAGCCUCUAUGUGGCCAUGAAUGGUGAAGGCUAUCUCUACAGCUCAGAUGUUUUCACUCCAGAAUGCAAAUUUAAGGAAUCUGUGUUUGAAAACUACUACGUGAUCUAUUCUUCCACAUUGUACCGUCAGCAAGAAUCAGGCCGAGCGUGGUUUCUGGGACUCAAUAAAGAAGGUCAGAUUAUGAAGGGGAACAGAGUAAAGAAAACCAAGCCCUCGUCACAUUUUGUACCAAAACCUAUUGAAGUGUGUAUGUAUAGAGAGCCAUCGCUACAUGAAAUUGGAGAAAAACAAGGACGUUCGAGGAAAAGUUCUGGAACGCCAACCAUGAACGGAGGCAAAGUCGUGAAUCAAGAUUCAACAUAGCUGAGAACUCUUCCCUUCGUCCCUGUCUCCUCCCUUCCCUUCCUCCCCUCCCCUUUACCCACUUCCUUCCAAUAAAUCCACCCAAGGAGAGAAAAAUAAAAUGGCAACGCAGGACCUAGUGGCUCCCCAAAUCUUCCUUUGUGUAUGACAGGAAAACUGAACCAAAGCUUUCCUGUUGCAGUGUGUAGAAAAUGCACAUGCACACAGAUGAGCACACAUAUAAGCAAGGGGAAAAUAAAUCGACACUCCACAAACACUAAAGUAAACUGUGCAGUUAUUAAUAGAGGGCUAUUUGUAAUGAAGACAUAACUGUAGUAAAUGUGAAAUAAAAUUAUUACCUUAAAUAAAAGGGUUUAGUAGACUUGAACUUACAAAUUGAUGUAAUACCCUAAAUAGCUUAAGCUCUGGGUAAUGCUGUGAUGAGUUCUUUGUUUUGAUGUUCUAUUUUCGUUGGGUACCUGAAAUUGUCACAUAA